AUGUCUUCUUCAGAAUACGACACGCCGUUUUCGCCCAACAGCAAAAGACCAAGGCACACCGAAACGCAAUCGCAAAGUAAAAACGACAACGAAGAAGACAGGCUAAGCGACUUACCCGAUUGCGUCCUCCUCCACGUACUCUCCUUCGUGAACGCCAAACACGCCGUCCAAACCUGCGUCCUCUCCCGUCGCUGGAGGAAUCUCUGGAAGCUUCUCCCAACCCUCACUCUUCACUCUUCCCACUUCUGGACCUUCAAAACCUUCACCAAAUUUGUCUCCAACCUUCUCACCCGCCGCGACGCCUCCUCCGCCGUCCUCAACCUCGAUUUUGAGCGCCAUGGUUGCAUCGAGCCUCACGUCCUCAAAAGAAUCGUCAAUUAUGCGAUCUCGCACAAGGUUCGCAACUUAGGUAUCUCGGUGAAAUGCGAUAUCGCUCACAUUCCUCAGGCGAUUUUCUCGUGCAAGACGUUGACGUCUUUGAAGCUCUCUGUUUGCCCUAGGGGUUAUAUCUACGGAAGUACGUUGUUCCCGAAAUCGCUGAACUUAACGGCGUUGACGAGCCUGCAUCUUCAGCAUUUCACGUUCUGCGCUAGCGGCGGUGGCGUCAGUGACAGGGCGGAACCGUUCUCGGCGUGUGAGAGAUUGAGCGAUUUGGUUAUUGAUCACUGUACCGUUAGAGAUGCGAAGGUACUCUACAUUUCGAACAGCACGCUCGUGAAUCUCACAUUGCGUUCGGAUCACUCGAAGGAUUUUUACAAGAUCGUGCUUUCGACGCCGAAGCUCAGGAGUUUUCGUUUUUCCGGUAUUCCGUACCAGCAAAUCUGUGGAAGCCAUGUUCCUUCGCUUGAAGAUGUGGAUAUUGAUGCAGAGAUUUGGUCGAAUUCGUUGGAGUCUCCUUUGAUUCUGUUUAGCUGGUUGUUGGAGCUUGCUAAUGUGAAAUCGCUGACGGUUUCUGCAAGUACUCUUCAGGUUCUUUUCUUGAUUCCUAAUUUAUUGAAGAUUAAAUUACCCUGCCUUGGUAAGUUGAAGUCUUUGAAAGUGAAAAUGAAACCGCUAUCACCUAUAUUUGCCAUGACACUGAAAGCUGGCAAGUCAAAGAAAGAAGUGAUGAAGUUAUCAUUGCCUCUACCGGAUGGGAUAGUGAACUUCUUGCUUCAAAACUCGCCAUCAGCGGAAGUUGCCAUUGUGAAUUGCAAAAGUUGAUGCUGGUUUUUACUGUCUGGGCCUUGCAAUCGGUGAGUUAAUCCAUUGGAAAUAUAUGGUCAGCAUUCUUCAACCGAUCUAGCGCCUGCUUCUAUUGGGAUAAUGGUUGAUACUUCUGAUGAAGAGUGCGUAGGUGGGGUUAUGCCUUCCCCUCGAUUCUGUUGUUAACCUUUAUCUUGGAUUCCAGGACAAAUUUAUAACCUAAGAUUAUCACACAAGGGGCAAAAAAGGGAAAAAAAUAAAUCAGUUUCUCUUACUCUAGUGAAACAUCUGCACUGGCAUUUAACAAAGCAUCAGUUCAGUCACUUAACCAUGUCAUUCUGGAGGAUACAAUAUUCAAUUUUAAUCUGAAUUGUAUCCCCAUUCGGCCAUUCUUAUGUACAAAUCCUUCAACUUUCCAUUUGUAUAUGGGCAUCUAUUUUUGGGAUCCCUCGAGUCAGUUAUGACUUAUGAAUUUAUUUUCUAAGACGUGUGAUCCUGGUAGUAUUCCAAGUUAUUGAAUGAUUUUUUUU